AUGUUGGCGUUUAGGCUCCAUCCUCUUCCUCCUGCACGUGAAACACACACACACACACACACACACACACACAAAUGGGACGCAGUGAAAGAGAAAUGGAAUGAAAAGUCAGUUUAUGUGGUUGGCAAAGCGACAGCAUCUUUAGUUGUAGAUUUGGGUCUGAAUCCGCUGGGAGAAGAGACUGGAACCGCAGACGCUCUCGCUCUGCUCAUCCUACAGAGAGAAAAUCUAGAGAUUCUGCCACUCUUCUUUCCCUGCGGCUCCAUCAAACGUGAAGUCCUGCCCACCGCGCUCCGAAAGAACCAUAUUCCUCUGGAGACACUGACCGUCUAUCAGACAUCUGAACAUCCUGAUCUACAGAAGAACAUCACUGACUAUUUCAUUCAGCAGGGCGUCCCGGCGAGCGUGGCGUUCUUCAGCCCAUCUGGAGUGAGGUUCUGUUUGGAUUUGGUGAAAAGACUCUCCGGAUCUCAGCUGGAGCAGAUAAAGUUUGCGUCGAUUGGACCGACCACAGCAGACGCGCUGCGGUCGCACGGACUGACGGUCAGCUGCUGCGCUGAGAAACCCACAGCCAAACACCUCGCCGCCGCCAUCACACACGCCCUACACACCUGACCUCUGACCCCUGACCGCCAGAGACGAGCAGAGGACAAUUUGGGAAGCUUUUGCAAUAGAUAUUACAUAUAAACAAUGAGCUUUUAAAUAAAUGAUUGCAUUAAUAUCUCUCUUACAUAUAGACAUCUGUAUAUGUUUAUGCAUCAGAAUCAUCAGUGAUUUACGCUCAGUUUUGUUUGUAGGAAUCUCCGCUCUGUGUUUUAUGUUGAAUACGAGUAACUUUCAGUGUGACGCUAUCCAUGUGAAAUGGUGGCUUGAAUGUUAUUUCUGCUGUAAUAACUGAAGAACUUUUAUUUGCAUUAUUUGGAUGGAAGAUUAAAU